AUGGCUAAAUGGGAAUUCCAGCAAUAUCCGAUAUUUUCAAUGACUUUGUAUCGAGGAUGGUUAUGUUUGUUAAUGGCGUCCGACGCUUUUGUUAUUCAUGAUGCUAUACUUCGCUACUUACCAUCGCAAUUCAGCUUUAUAAUUUUUUGGUUAUUUUCGGUCAAAGAUAUUUUUAUCUGUUUACAUCCAAAAGGAUAUCUUUAUACUUCAAAAACUAAUGAAAAAUCAUCGAGCGAUGAUCAAUUAGAACUACCGAACGAUGAUCCGUCGGUUUCUGUUCAGAUCUAUGACACUUGGCAUCCGGAUAACAAUGAAUUAGACGAGAAGGGUUAUUCCGUAAGCUUGGGUCUCGGGGAUUUUUUAAUAUUCAAUUUGAUGCUUCUAUCGGUAUUACCUCAUUUAUCAUCAAUAACAAUAAAGAUAUUUAUAGCUAUUGGUCACAUCGUCGUGGUGCAAAUUGGUCAAGAAGCAACGUAUCGACUCGGUCGUCUUUGUAACCAAAGCGCACAACCUGCUGUUCCUUUGCCUGUCAUCAUCGUCUCAUUGUACACUAUUCUUCUUAAAGUUUUUAUCAAUUAUUAA